AUGGAGAAGCAAGGUCUUAAUCAAAAUUACAACUCACCACCGCCGCCGCCUUAUCAGGCUGAACAAACUACGGCAGUUGUUUUCCAGCAACAGCCCAUGGUGACGGUACAAUUGUUUAGAGAAGCUCCAGUGCGUACACGAUGCCCACAUUGCGGAAGUGACGUCAUCACAAGUACCAUGUUUGAAACAGGAACUGUCACAUGGUUGGCAUGUGCUAUAACAGCUUUCGUUGGGUGCUGGCUUGGCUGUUGCCUGAUUCCGUUUUGUGUCGAUGGCUGUAAGGAUGUCGUGCACUCCUGUCCCAACUGUCAACAGGUGGUCGGACGAUACAACAGAAUGUAG